AUGAAUAUGUUAGAUGAUGAAGAUGACCAAAGCUUUCACGCUACGCGUGACGGCUACUCCCAUUCGAGCGAUGUCGAAUGGGAUGCGGUUGAACGGAUGGGUUCAACCAUGGGCAUCCAUGCUGUUAGCGUCAUGCUAGAGGCUCUCAAUAGAGAUGCCCAACAUGCAACAAUCGCCAAGUUCAUUCAGAAUGAACUUGACGCUGAACGCGAGAAAUUUGAACUGUUGAGGCAGCAGCAGGCUGCUGCUGGCGGGUCGAUGCACUCGCGUCGACCCGAGACUUUGAAGAUUGACAUCUCAAAGGCGCGUCGCAUCGACGACGGGGAUAUGCAAGUUGCAUUUGCCCAGUCAAAUCUGGCAGGACGUGCCAAGACUUGGGCACUGGGGCUCAAGUUGCACGACCCAUAUGCGUUUGGGUCGUUGGAAGUCUUCAAGUCGCGGCUCAGACAAACGUUUGAACCGCCUAGAGCUGAGUUCAGAGCUCGAACUGAACUCUUGAAGCUCAAACAGGGUAAGCGUGAUGUGCACGCUUACGCGCAACAUAUACGACAUCUCACGAGUUGUAUAAGUUCCAAUCCGGUUGAUGAACACACGUUGGUUUCGGUGUUCAUGCAGGGUCUUGCGGAUGGUCCCGUCAAGACUCACCUGUUCCGACUUGAACUAGAUUCACUAGAACAAGCCAUUUCCAUUGCGGAGCAGGAAGACUUCAGUCUGAGACAGGCUCGCGCCAGCUCGACAUCAUAUCGUCAACCGAGACGAUAUGACAGCGGAGGUCCAGAGCCGAUGGAACUCUGUUAUGUAGAGAGCGAGAAGGCUCGCUCUACAGGCUACAAGAAGUUGCAGAGAUGCAACAGAUGUCAAAAGACAGGACACUACGCUUACGAGUGUAGUGCCCCUCGUCCAGUGUCUCGCAACACUGGGCGUAGUGACCGUCCACCCAUGAGAAAGGGGCAGGGACGCGGGUCCGCUGUUGGUGCAAAGACGCAACAACGGGAUGGACCGUCAAAAAACGGACAGGAUCAGUAG